AAACACUCCCCCACAUACCAAUCAUUCUUUGAUUGAAUCUCCACUUUCCCCCUAUCACUGUCUUGAUACACAUCCUUCCUUCCCUCCUUCCUCUAAAACCCCACAGAAUUUGAAGUUAGGGUUUUACAGAAAUCCCAACACGAUCAAAAAUGCUCGGUGCUACAGCAUCGAGGUUCUACAGAGUCACCGGCCUUGUCUUCCGUUCCCACCAACCCCUCCAAAGCCGCAACCUUUUCUCUUCCUCCAUUUCAAAAACCUCCUUCCAUGGAAACCCUAUUCUUCUUCUUCCCCAAACAACAUCCAGAAGAAGAAUCAUUCCUCUCCAAAUCAACGCCUUCGUCUCCGGCACCUCCUCCUCCUCCGCCCCUCCUUCUCCGCCGAACGGCCGGGCAUGGCUAUCCACUUCGGCGCCGGACCAGACCAAUCCACGGCCUUUCGUCCCUAAAAAGACUCCCGACGAACAAGUCGGCGACGUCCAGAUCUUCCGGACGCUCGCCAGUUACUUGUGGAUGAAAGACAACUAUGAAUUCCGGCUUAGGGUUCUUACUGCCUUGGGGUUUUUGGUUGGGGCUAAGGUGCUCAAUGUCCAGGUGCCGUUUCUGUUCAAGCUCGCCGUGGAUUGGUUGACCACGGCGACCGGAAAUGCUGGUAGUUUUGCGGCGUUCUCUGCCGCCAAUCCGACUCAGUUGGCUCUUUUCGCAACGCCCGCGUCGGUUUUGAUUGGCUAUGGUAUUGCACGCUCUGGCGCUUCUGCUUUCAACGAAUUGAGGACUGCUGUGUUUUCUAAGGUAGCAUUGCGAACAAUCCGAUCAGUAUCCAGGAAGGUCUUCUCACAUUUGCAUGACCUUGAUCUUCGAUAUCAUCUUAGUCGAGAAACCGGUGCACUAAAUAGAAUCAUUGAUCGCGGUAGCCGUGCUAUAAAUUUCAUUCUCUCAUCUAUGGUAUUCAAUGUUGUACCCACCAUUUUAGAGAUAUCUAUGGUUUCAGGUAUACUGGCUUACAAAUUUGGAGCACCUUUUGCAUGGAUAACAUCACUAUCAGUUGCUGCAUAUAUUGCAUUUACAUUGACUGUUACACAGUGGAGGACGAAGUUCAGGAAGGCCAUGAAUAAGGCCGAUAAUGAUGCUAGUACAAGGGCAAUUGAUUCACUUAUUAAUUAUGAGACUGUCAAAUAUUUCAACAAUGAAGGUUUUGAAGCUGAUAAAUAUGACAAAUACUUAAAGAGGUAUGAAGAUGCUGCCUUAAAAACACAACGUAGUCUUGCUUUUCUGAACUUCGGCCAAAGUAUCAUAUUCAGCACAGCUUUAUCAACGGCUAUGGUGUUGUGUUCAAAUGGUAUUAUGAAUGGCAGUAUGACAGUUGGUGAUUUGGUCAUGGUAAAUGGACUUCUAUUCCAGCUAUCACUUCCACUCAAUUUCCUUGGUAGUGUUUAUCGUGAGACCAUACAGAGCCUUGUUGACAUGAAAUCCAUGUUUCAGUUACUGGAGGAAAGGGCUGAAAUUAGAGACAAAGAUGACGCAAAGCCUCUGCACCUAAGCGGGGGGAGCAUUCAGUUUGACAACGUGCAUUUCAGUUACGUAACGGAAAGAAAGAUUCUUGAUGAGAUAUCAUUUCUUGUACCUGCUGGAAAGAGUGUGGCUAUUGUUGGAACCAGCGGUAGUGGAAAGUCAACCAUUCUCAGAUUGCUGUUCAGGUUUUUUGACAGCCAUUCCGGAAGUAUAAGGAUAGACGGUCAAGAUAUUCGAGAUGUGACACUUGAGAGUUUGCGGAACUGUAUUGGAGUUGUGCCGCAAGAUACAGUACUUUUCAAUGAUACAAUAUACCACAACAUUCAUUAUGGCCGUCUUUCAGCAACAAAAGAAGAGGUGUAUGAAGCUGCUCGACGUGCAGCAAUACAUGAUACUAUCAUGAACUUUCCCGACAGAUAUUCUACUGAAGUGGGGGAACGGGGGCUCAAGUUAAGUGGUGGGGAGAAGCAGCGUGUGGCACUGGCUCGUGCUUUCUUGAAAGCACCUCCAAUUCUGUUAUGUGAUGAAGCUACAAGUGCACUAGAUAGCACCACAGAAGCGGAAAUAUUAAGUGCAUUGAAGUCCUUGGCAACCAACCGAACUUCAGUUUUCAUUGCUCAUAGGCUGACUACUGCAAUGCAGUGCGAUGAGAUAAUAGUUCUGGAGAAUGGGCAAGUGGUUGAGCAGGGACCCCAUGAUGUUCUCUUGUCUAAGGCAGGAAGAUAUGCACAGCUCUGGGGACAGCAAAAUAACACAGUUGAUGCACUUGAUGCCACCAUCAAAACAGGGACAUAAUGUUGACCCAUUCCUCCACCCCCCUUCUUCCAAAACCUCCACCCCCCUUCUUCCAAAAUAAGAAUGAGUGGCAUACAAAGUUACUAUCUGUCUGUAUUCUGGUAUUUGUUUAGCCACCUUUGACAUUCAGUUUAUAGAUAUAUUAAAUUCACUUUGGAGCAAGCAAUGUUUUCUGGUGCACGGGAAGAAUUGGUGCUUGGCAGGCGCUUUUUGCCAUAAAAGUGCAUUGACUAUUCUCAGUUCCCUUUCACAUGUCUUCAAGCUCCAAGGCAGAAGCUCCAGUGAUGAGGUAGGUUGUACUGGUUGGUUACUUCAGACAUAAAUGUUAAUGCAAUGCUCUUAGGCUGAGAAAUUGUUGAAGAGAUGCUACUUGGAGAAUGUUAGGAGGAGUCUUUGGAUUUGAAUGAGAACAGAAUCCAAAUUUGUUUACUUAAUUAGAAUACACAAGCCACAUCAACUUUGCGAAGCAUAUACUAUACCUGGAGCAGCUUACAAUCAGUGGAAGCAAUUUUGUAAAGUAGCACAUUGAUAGCCCAAAGUUUCUUUACUGUAUCCUGCUGCUUGGAUAAAUUGCAUUCCUCACUGUAUGAAACAAUUUUAUGAGGAUUGAAUGUUUCUCAUUUCAUUUUUACAAUUCCUUAAGCAGGAAACCAUACUUUCCAUUGUAUCACGAGUGUACUAUUUGUUUUGAAUAAAUUUUGCCUUGUGCUUUUAGUUUUA